UGUACAAAGAAGAAAGCCACCCGCCCCUGCAUCGAGAGUGAAGUCCUGAGACCAUGAAGAUGAGAGUUGCUGUGUUGCUGGCUGUGAUCACUAUGUUCUGUGCUGCCGACGCUCAGACAUACCCUCAGGAUGAUCUGAUGAGCAAUCUGACAGAAUCUGUGGGCUCUAAAGCGAUGCAGAAAGUGACUCUGUCCUGCAUUACUGUCCGAAGUAGAGGCUACCAGGUGGAAUGUCCUAAAGGUUACAAGGUGAUGUGCUGCUCCUGCACUAAUGCCGGCUGCUACUGGGAUAUCAGCAAUGACCAGACCGCCUCUGCCAGUGUGCAAAGCCGAUUUCGACGCU